GAGGAGGAGGAAGAGGAGGAGGAGAGAGGGAUAGAAAGCUGAGGAUGCAGGUUUGGUCCACAUCACAUCACAUCACAUCAGGAGCGGCGGCGCUUCGGUGAAAUCCAACUCCCACAUCAGCUGCCAGUGAGGAGAUGCGUCUGCAAGAGCUUUAACUCGAGCCCUUUUACACCCUCUUCCUCCUCCUCCUCCUCCUCCUCCUCCUCUGAGGAGCAUCCCGCGCACUCAUCUCCCUCCGACGCGCAGACAGCCAGGCAGGCAGGCGGGUUGACUCGAGGCAGACACGAUGCUUGGAGCUCCUGGACGUGGGACAGGAGCGGGAUUUACUGUGCCAGUGUCUCUGCAGCCGCAGCGGAUUCCGCUGCCGCUGCUGCUGCUGCUGCUGCUCGCGUCGCAGGCUGCACACGGACUGUUCACGGACCAUCUGCUGGUCCAGCUGCAGGAGGACGCGCAGGAUGAGGCACACCAAGUUGCAGCACAACACGGGUUCCAGAGUGUCCGGAAGCUUUCCUUCGGAGACGGGCUCUUCCACUUUUAUCCUCAGGACUCUUUGAAGAGGAGGAGCAAACGCAGCGUCCGCAGCAGACAGCGGCUCCAGGAAGACCACAGGGUGAAGAAUGUGUUUGAUCAGGAGGGUUUCAGUCGUCAGAAGCGAGGCUACAGAGAUAUCAACGACCUUGAAGUCAAUAUGAGUGACCCUUUAUUCACCAAACAGUGGUAUCUGAUAAACACAGGCCAGGCAGACGGAACCCCGGGGCUGGAUCUGAACGUGGCCGAAGCCUGGCAACUGGGCUACACGGGCAAAGGAGUUACCAUCGCAAUCAUGGACGACGGCAUCGACUAUCUUCAUCCAGAUCUGGCAUCAAAUUAUAAUGCUGACGCCAGCUAUGACUUCAGUAGUAACGACCCGUACCCGUUUCCACGCUACACGGACGACUGGUUCAACAGUCACGGCACACGAUGUGCCGGAGAGGUGUCUGCGGCGGCCAAUAACAACAUCUGCGGCGUGGGAGUCGCCUACAAUUCAAAAGUGGCAGGCAUCAGGAUGUUGGACCAGCCCUUCAUGACUGACAUCAUCGAGGCCUCAUCCAUCAGCCACAUGCCGCAGGUCAUUGACAUCUACAGCGCCAGCUGGGGGCCAACAGAUGACGGCAAGACGGUGGAUGGACCCAGAGAGCUGACUCUGCAGGCGAUGGCUGAUGGCGUCAACAAGGGCCGCGGAGGAAAAGGCAGCAUCUACGUCUGGGCGUCGGGAGACGGCGGCAGCUACGACGACUGCAACUGCGACGGCUACGCCUCCAGCAUGUGGACGAUCUCCAUCAACUCGGCCAUCAACGACGGACGCACCGCGCUCUACGACGAGAGCUGCUCCUCCACGCUGGCGUCCACGUUCAGCAACGGACGCAAGAGGAACCCGGAGGCCGGCGUUGCCACUACAGACUUGUAUGGGAACUGCACGCUGCGUCACUCUGGUACAUCAGCAGCAGCUCCUGAGGCAGCCGGUGUUUUCGCUCUGGCUCUUGAGGCUAAUCCUAACCUGACAUGGAGAGACAUGCAGCAUCUGUCCGUCCUGACCUCCAAGAGGAACCAGCUCCAUGACGACGUCCACCAGUGGAGGAGAAACGGCGUGGGUCUCGAGUUCAACCACCUGUUUGGCUAUGGUGUCCUGGAUGCGGGGGGAAUGGUGAAAAUGGCCAAAGACUGGAAAACUGUGCCAGAGCGUUUCCACUGUGUCGCUGGUUCCAUUCAGGAGACACAUAAAAUCCAGUCUGGCAACAAGCUGGUCCUGGCCAUCACCACUGAAGCCUGCCAGGGGAAGGACAACUUUGUCCGCUACCUGGAGCACGUCCAGGCGGUGGUCACCGUCAACGCCAGCCGCCGCGGUGACCUCAACAUCAACAUGACCUCGCCCAUGGGCACCAAGUCCAUCCUGCUGAGCCGGAGGCCCCGCGACGACGACACCAAGGUGGGCUUCGACAAGUGGCCCUUCAUGACCACCCACACCUGGGGCGAGGAUCCCCGGGGGACCUGGGUCCUGGAGGUGGGCUUUCAGGGCAAGGAGCCACAGCGCGGAGUCCUGAAGGAGUGGACCCUCAUGCUGCACGGAACACAAAGUGCCCCUUAUAUAGACCAGAUAGUGCGCGAUUAUCAGUCCAAACUGGCCAUGUCCAAAAAGGAAGAGCUGGAGGAGGAGCUGGAUGAGGCGAUAGACAGAAGUCUGAAGAGCUUGAUGAGUAAAAACAACUAAAAAAAUCUCAUCUGCAUGUUGCCAACUCUUUCACUUUCUCUUAUCUCACUCUCUCUCUCUCCGUCUCUGCAGUCUCGCUCUAUCCUUCUCCAAAUUUUCUCUAUAUCUCCUCGGUUCUUCUCAUCCUCCUCCCUCCGGUCUACCUCUCCUCCUCCUCCACCUCCUCUCCUUACUCUGCUUUUUGUUAUCAAAGUGUUUUAAAUUAGCCCCGCCCCUCCAACCUCCAAUGAAUGUUUCAUGUAAUCCAGUCAUGAUGAAAGUGUAACCUGAAAUAAUCUGUUAUCAGCAUAGAGGAAGCAAAGUCUAUAUCCUGUGAAUUUUUACACAUUUACAGAAUUGUACAUAAACCAAAUAUAACCCAACUCUGUCAUGCUUUUGCUUUCACUGGCCUGCGACCUCACUUUCUGCCAACUGUUAUACAGUUUGUGAGUGUAAAUGAUUUUCUGUGUCAUUCUACUUAAAGUUGAAUAUCUUGCAAACAGAGCAGUGAUACUUCUUUCUGUUUAUAUUUUUGUGACAUGCACUGUUUAUAUAAACAAGGGAAGGAUUUCAUUUCUGCAGCCUGCGGCCCUCAGUUCAUAUUUCAUAACCUUUGACGUAUAUAUAUAUACUAUAAUAAAUCUAUUCAGCUGUUUAUUAAA